AUGCAGGCAGCCGCAGCCGCGGGGCCUGGCGAGGAGACCACGAGGGCCUCAGCCUCCCGGGGCCUGCCCGCCUGUACUCCCGCUUCCGACCCCGACCCCGAGCCCGAGCCCGAGCCCGAGCCCGAGGAGGCGCCCGGCUUAAGCCAAUUGCCCAUCGAGAUGCUCCUGGAAGUGCUGAGCUACCUGCCCGCCAGCGUGCUGCUCGGCCAAUGCCGCCACGUGUGCCGCUACUGGCGCUCCCUGGUGGACACCCGGGCCGUGUGGCUGAGCAUCUUGCCCUACAGCCACGCCAAGCUGUGGCCCGUCUUCCGCACCUGCCUGCCCCCAGACGACGAUGACGACCCCAGGCCCUGCCUCCUGGGCCGCUUCUGCGAGCGCAGACCUUUAGGACGCAAUCUCUACCCGAACCCCCGUGGCAUAGACGCCUUCCUGCCUUGGAGGACAGUCAACUGUAGAAGCUGGAGAGAGGAGGAAAGCUGGGAGGAAGACCGCAGGCUAGUUCCCGAGGACUCUUUCCGGGCUUUCUACAGGUGGUGUUCCAAGAAGCAAGUGUUGGACCUGGAGAAGGAGGGUCUAUGGCCGGAACUCCUGGAUAGUGGAAAGAUUGAGAUUUGUGUCUCUGCCUGGUGGGCAGACCAAGAAGCCUUGGUCUGUCUGUAUGAGCUAAUUGUGCGACUUCUAGAUGCCAAGCAGGCCAAGCUACAUCAUUUCUUUCCUAGUCCAAUCCAUCAAGGUAGAACCAGUAUCCCUUUUAAGACCAACCACGUGUUCUCCAACCUCAAGAAGGGCGUCCGCUUUGUGUCUCUGGAACACUGGAUUUGGGACAUGGGGUUCCUGCCUGAGGACUAUGGAAUCACUGUGCCCAAGGCCAGUGUGAUUGUACGGGUCUGUCAACUCUAG